AACGUGCAAGAAUAUGGACUCCAAUAUCUUCCACGCUCCUUUUCUUGCGCGUCUAUUACACUUUCCAUUCAAUGCACUGAUCAGAUCCUGAGUGAAAUUCACGCGUCGAAGGAGACCAACGUCCUUCUCUCUUAUAAAGCCUUCUUCUUCUUCUUCCCCAAUUUAGUAACUCUAAACCUUAAAGCUUUCCAACAAUGGCGGAACCAGUUUUGGAGGACACUUAUCUUACCUUCUCUUCCGAUUUCGAUUCCAUCACGAUCCCUCCUUCUUCGUUUGACAAUUUCUGCAAUUCUAGCUCCGAUCAAGUUGGGAACUCCAUCUCUGAUCUGAGGUUUUUGAUUGAUGACGACGACGGAGACGGAGACUUCCAGUUUACUUUAGAAGACAAUCUCUAUUUCCCCUCUGGGAACGAAUCUUUCGCCAUUCCUGUUGACGAUACGAAUCAAGAAAUGUCCGGUGAUUUUACGCCGGCGUCGGAACUUUCAGGCGAUUGUGUUAAAGAAGAAACGGAGAAGAAUACGAAUGGCGUGUUAAUAUCUACUCCAAUCUACUGCGAUAGGGAAUCUCCUGGGGAUUCUGAUUGUUCCGGUACUACUCAGAGCUUGAGUUUAUCGGCUCAAGAGUCUGCGAAGAGGAAAAAAGAUAUUCAAGAAGAUUCAAGCGAAGAAUCUAGGAACAAUAAGUACAGGAGAUUGGAUCAAGAUGGCUUUGCAAGUGUUGUCACAGGUGGUAGUGAAGAAGAUGUUGAGAAGAAGAACGUGAGACUAGUUAGAAACCGUGAAAGUGCUCACCUUUCAAGACAGAGGAAGAAACAUUACGUGGAGGAGCUUGAAGAUAAAGUUAAGAAUAUGCAUUCCACUAUAUCGGAAUUGAGCAGUAAGAUGUCUUAUUUCAUGGCUGAGAAUGUUACUUUGAGGCAGCAGAUGGGCCCCAGAAAUGGCAUUUGUCGACCACCGAUGUAUCCACCGUUGGCUCCAAUGGCUUAUCCGUGGAUGCCGUAUCCGGCUUAUAUGGUUAAACCGCAAGGUUCUCAAGUGCCUUUACUUCCUAUUCCUCGGUUGAAACCACAACAAUCUGUGGCUAAGGUGAAGAAGAUCAAGAAGGUUGCUAGUUUUAGUGUUCUUGGUCUUCUGUUUUGUCUAUUUCUGUUUUGUGCAUUGGCUCCCAUUGUGAACAUUAGCUAUGGCGAGUAUAAGUCUAACUACGUUACUGAUGGGGUUUAUGAUCAGUCUAGAGGAAGAGUUUUGGUUGUUGAUAGUAAUAGAGCACAUUGUGGGGGAGAUUCUGAUCAAGGAAUGAGAAGAAACGUAUCUGAAACAGAGAACUUGGGGCCUCCUCGGAAUAGUAGUGAACCUCUAGUUGCAUCGCUAUUUGUCCCGAGGAAUGAAAAGCUUGUCAAGAUCGAUGGAAAUUUGAUUAUUCAUUCUGUUUUGGCGAGCGAGAAAGCCAGGGAUUCUGAAACAAAAAACAAAGAAGGCAAAAGCGGUGUAGCAACUACUACUAAAGGUAUUAAUUCUCCUGCAAUGCCUUUACCUGACUCCACAAGGACCAUGGAUAUGUCUAAGCACCUCUAUAGCGAAACGCGGAAAGCCCUGUCGUCUUCUGGCUCUGAUGAUGCUUUGAAAGACCAACUCAAAUUAACAUCAGCCAAUGGUCAAAUGCAGCAAUGGUUUCGUGAAGGUGUUGCAGGGUCAAUGUUCAGUUCGGGAAUGUGCACCGAAGUGUUUCAGUUUGAUGUCUCCGCAACCUCAGGAUCCAUCAUUCCUGCUUCUCCACCUACUGAACAAUCUAAGAACAUUGAUACUCACAAAGGGAAAAAUAACAGAAGAAUCCUCCGUGGUGGUCUUUCAGUAUCUGAUUUUAAUCUGACGAAAGAUCAGAACAGCUCUAGCAAAGAGAACAUCCGAGACACCAAGCCUGCCCCGUCAAUGGUUGUAUCUGUGCUUGUUGAUCCCAGAGAAGGCGGGGAUGGAGACAUCGAUGAGAUGAUGGGAGAAACAAAAUCACUGUCUCGAGUUUUCAUAGUCUUGCUUGUGGACGAUGUGAAGUAUGUAACAUACUCCUGCAUUCUUCCACGGCCAGAAGUCCCUCAUCUCGUGACCACUUGACCUGCUCUCUAUGUAGAAACCAUAAGAAGAGGGAAUUUCCACACAAUGUGUCAGAAUUUGAGUAGCAUCUUGUACAGUUUUUCGGUUUUGAAACAAUAUACAGAAAUCCUAGCC